CGACGAACCCGCCGAUGCUCGCCGCAAGCCUCCCAGGUCCACGUCUCCGAUGGCCCAGAGCCGCCUCGACCCAACACGUGUCCCAAUCCAGCACGUCCGUCCUGUGGGUUAGGCUUCCACGGAAGCAAAGAAGAAAAUCGCGCUCGGGUUCUAUCUCUCUUUACGUUUCUUCGUGGUUGAAUCUUUCCUCCGUUUGAUUUUUUCGUCCACCCUUCCUCCAUCCCCCUCUCUAUUUUUUUUCCCAUUGUUUUCUCGUUUCUUUCAAGCUGUUCUGGUACGAGAAAAAUGGUGGCGGUCGAGAUGGGCAGCACUACCGACGCCGUGGAGAGGAUCCCGAAGGAGGCGCGGCGGAUUCUUGACAACUUGGCGACGGAAUGGAGCGACGUGGUCGACUCCAAGGCGUUGGAGGUGGUGCAUCUCAAGGGGGCGAUGACCAACGAGGUCUACCAAAUCAACUGGCCCACAGAGAGGAAGGACGGGGUCUCUCGAAAGGUUUUGGUCCGGAUCUACGGCGAGGGGGUGGAUGUCUUCUUCGACCGAGAGGACGAGAUCCGGACGUUCGAGUGCAUGUCGAGGCACGGGCAGGGCCCGCGGCUUCUCGGGCGGUUUCCCAAUGGCCGGAUCGAGCAAUUCAUCAACGCCAGGACACUCUCUGCAGCUGAUCUGCGGGAUCCAGAAAUAUCAGCUCUUAUAGCAUCAAAAUUAAGGGAGUUUCAUGAUCUUGACAUGCCUGGUCCAAGGAAUGUAUUUUUAUGGGAAAGACUGAGAAACUGGCUUAAAACAGCUCAAGAUUUGUCUUCUGCUGAUGAAGCUAAAGAAUUUCGCUUGGAUACCCUAGAGGAGGAGAUAACUACUUUAGAAAAUUUAUUGUCUGAGAAAGAUCAGAGAAUAGGAUUCUGUCAUAAUGAUCUCCAGUAUGGGAAUAUCAUGAUUGAUGAGGAGACCCGACAAGUAACUAUAAUAGACUACGAGUAUGCAAGUUUCAACCCCAUUGCAUAUGAUCUUGCCAAUCACUUUUGUGAGAUGGCUUCCGAUUACCAUACAGAGACCCCUCACAUUUUGGAUUUCAACAAAUACCCAGGUUAUGACGAGCGCAAGAGAUUUGUGCAGACAUAUCUGAGUUCCUCAGGUGAAACACCCAAUCAGGUGGAAGUUGACAAUUUACUGCAACUUAUUGAGAAGUAUGCUCUCGCAAGUCACGUUAUUUGGGGCCUAUGGGGAAUAAUAUCAGAACAUGUGAAUGAUAUUGAAUUCGAUUAUAUGGAGUAUGCGAGACAGCGGUUUCAGCAGUACUGGUUGAGGAAGCCUGCUGCAUUGGGAACUGGGUGAAUCGAUUGUUUUCUGCGCCUUAUAUUCAAUUCUAGAAUCCGCUGUAAAUAUGUUCACAUGGGUUCUUUAACGCUGAAAUUAGAUAACGUGAAUGUUGUAAAAUAGUGCAGCUAUUUUUGAUAAACUGAAGGCAGUCCUGGUGUUUAUUUGGGGGGGGGGCUCCAGAAUUACUUUUAAUAUGAGAAAAAUUCAUGCUGGUUGUUAUCGUUCAUGUAAUAUAAGAAAUAUGCCUUAAUGAAUGCACUUUGUAAUCUUUUGACGUUUGUUA